AAAAAAGCGCACUCAGCCAAUGGGAAGCUGCCGCCGGGGACGCACGUGGACUGGGCACCUUUAAAACAUAGCUCUUGAGUGCGCCGCAAGUUCAUUUUUUGUGAUUUUUUUACCCCCACCGAUAAUCGUUAAGUAAGCCGAUGUCUGUGUUUAACCUGUUGUAUUCGCUGUCUGUCGCGCUUUAUUUCGGCUGUCCGGCGCUUUCGGUUCGGUGUCGCGCCCCUCGACAGACGCAGGAUGCCACUGCUCUCUGCGGACUCCCCGGCUCAGAAAACUGCCUUUGAUGCGAUCGAUCGUCCCAUCAAUUGACAGACUUUCCUUCCUCGCCUUGUGCAGGUCGCGAAUUCACCGCAGUUUCUGUCCGUGGUGCUGAAACCAGCUCGCAAGCAGGAUUUUGCCGCAGACGUCGCUUUUUCCCUCAUUAGUUCCACGCAACCUUUGUUUCCCGUUGCUGUCGCGUUAGAACAAGUCGUGGCUUUUUGAAAAUACUACAUAAUGAGCUGUUUAAGCGUUUUGCCGAUUUCUGAAAACUCGUUUAGCUGCAAUUUGUAAAAAAACAAAAAUCCACGGUCGAUUUCUCAAACUACAACUAACUUUCAUUAGGCUACCUGGAGAAUUUCAGUAGCCUAUUUUUAGGAUAAUAGCUAAGUAGCAGUGAUAACAAUACUAAACACUCGAGAGGACGAAUUCGAAAACUAGUGGAUGAAUUUUCGAUUGCUGACUUUAUUUAACCUUGGAUUGACUAAUAUAUAAAAAUACAUUUUGCUUCAUUUUGGCGUCCGCACUUCUAAUAGAAGUCACCCUGCACAAAUGGUAAUCUGAAGCCGAAGCAAGAACUGCGCUGACUAUGGAAGCGUCCACCAACGGAUCCAGUUUUGGGAUCGACUCCUUGUUAUCUCACAGACCUGGAAGUCCAGUCUUGUCGAAAGGGGACAACUUGGUGGGGGAAUGCAGAUCUCCCCUGGAGUUCAGCCCGCGGUCAGACCUGGAAAGUGCUUGUUCCUCUCCGCCUUCCCCGCGAAGGGAAUGCGUCGAAGAGGCUGCUCAGAGACAGGGACAAGCGCUGGGGCUGCAGUCUCACCUCCAGCACGGACAAAUAUCCGCAGCUUCUCAGCCGCGGACGGUAACUUCGUCUUUCCUUAUCAGGGACAUUCUGGCGGACUGCAAGCCGCUGGCUGCCUGUGCCCCGUACUCCAGUAACGGCCAGCCAACUCAAGAGGCGGGGCGACUCGCCAGUAAAAUCGCGGACGACUUCAUGGAAAAAAUUCACAGCAACUCCUCUUCAGACAGCGAAUAUAAAGUGAAGGAGGAGGGGGACAGGGAGAUUUCGAGCAGCAGAGACAGUCCCCAGGUUCGGCUCAAGAAGCCCCGGAAGGCGCGGACCGCUUUCACUGACCACCAGCUGGCCCAGCUUGAGCGCAGCUUCGAGCGGCAGAAAUAUUUGAGCGUGCAGGACCGGAUGGAGCUGGCAGCUUCACUGAACCUCAGCGACACUCAGGUCAAAACGUGGUACCAGAACAGGAGGACGAAGUGGAAGAGACAGACCGCAGUUGGACUCGAAUUGUUAGCGGAAGCUGGGAAUUAUAGCGCCCUGCAGAGAAUGUUCCCAUCCCCUUACUUCUACCCUCAAAGCUUGGUUUCCAACCUGGACCCCAGCGCGGCAUUAUAUCUAUACCGGGGACCCACUGCGCCGCCGCCGACCCUGCAACGACCCCUUGUUCCAAGGAUUCUUCUUCACAAUCUGCAAGGGGCCAGCGAGCCGCCACCGCCCCUUCCUACCCUGCCCGGAGUGCUUCCACGGGCAACACAGCCACGGUGAGCUGGAUCCAUCGGACUCCUCAAAACCCGAAAAACAAAAAAAAAACUCCGCGUGAACAAACGAACAGGAAAACAAGUUGAUUGCUGACAGAAAAGAUAAAAUAACUAAAAAAAAAAAAAACAUUUCUAACUGGAACUUUUGAAUCAAUAGGUUUAGCAUUUUGAUGUUAUUUAUUUAAAAAAUAUUUAUUUAUUUGAUUAUUUAUUUUGGCCCUAUCAAGGAUAUCUGCCGCUUAAACCAGAAAAAAAAAUAUUUCCACAUGAUUUCAUUAGACAGAGGUUUCCCAGAAGGUACAGAUAUGUUGUUGGCAUCAAAUAUUUAUGAGAAUCAGCGGGAUUUAUAGAAUGAUAAUGACACAUUAAACCCAGUCAUUGACAGGUAUAGGCUCAUAAUUAAGACAUACCUAAAACACGCAUGCGGAAAACACGCAUUUAAACGAUAACGUUGCGUUUCUUAUUAUUAUCAUUAUUAUUAUCAUUAUUAAUAUCAUUGUUAUUACACUUUAAUUAUAAACCAUUCUUAAACUCGAUUUCAAGCAGUAUUUAGAAAUUAUUUUAGACAUUUCACGUUCUUAUGUUCAAAGCAGUAUUGAUGAGUUUUGAUUGAUAAGAUUUUCUUUUGUAUAAAGUAAAACAAGAUUAAGGUAUAGAUGUGUAAAUAAGAGUAUUUUUUACUAUAUUAAAAUUUAUUUUUUUUUCUGUUCAUUUUUAUUUUCGGCAGUCUUAAAAUCUACUGACAGUUACGGGAAAAUAAGCACUUCUGUCGAUGGGAAAAAAAAAUUCUAAAUGCACCUUUUCCAGAAAUGUUAUUGCAUUUAAUUCUAAUAUUGUUUUUAUGACAGUAGAAGAACUAAGAUUCACCUCCAAAAUUUUAUCUUUUUUUUCCCAGAUAGUGACCGUCAAGGUAGUACUGAAAAAUACAUAUAUGCACUUACUAUGGGCUACUAAUUCACCCGUUUAAAAUCAGAACAGGUGACGUCCCAAACGAGCCUCGACAUUGGGAUGGUCCCCAAAGCUACAUGACGGGACACGCGUGCAUGACUGUAUUUUAAACACGCAUUUAUACAAAUAUUAUUUGUGCAAUUAUUUUCAUUUUAAGCACAAAAAUGAACACUAGGAACAAUAAAAAUAGAGUAUUUAUUUACUAUUGUUUUAAUUUAUGUUAUUACUGUAUUUAUUAUUUUCUGCAUUCACCAAUGAUGACCCUACCACGUAAUAUUUUCAGACAUAAAUCCAACCGUGCAGUAACACAACCUCAGGAUGAAAACAAAGCUUUGUAUUGAUCAGCAACAUGAAGAAACGAACUGAAAAAAAAUUACCAAUCGGUCGUGAUUACCUGCUGACCGAGUUGUACAUCGUAUCUUUUUAAAAUAUCAUGUAUGUAUUUACAUAGAUGCUGAGCGGGUUUUUGCCUUUGUUUCAUAUACAAACCGUGGAACAACAUUGUAAUUCUUUGGUGGAAAAUGUAUAUUGCCAAUAUUAACUUGUCAAGCGGCUCAUGUUGUGAAGUGGUUCUUGUAUAUUCUGGGUUAUUUUUAGCUCCCACCCUCCUCCGUGUUGGCGAAACGAACUUUUUCCUAGGCUGCUCAACGGAGGAUUUACGGGGGAAAAUUUGGUGUGAAGAUUAUUAAUUUUUUAAAUGUACAAAUAAAGUUCGUACAAUAAAUAACA